AUGACAGAAACUCGGUCCUCGCAAGCUGGUCUGGAGGAUCCGGAUCAGCAAGCUCGGGGCCAUGUCUCAAAAAAUACCAAGCGGGAUGUAGAUCGGUCCGAAGAGUCAUUACAACCGUCUGCGUCAAACGACCAACCCGAGUCCCGUCCAUCGAAAUCAUCUACCAAACAGGCGCCUCCUAUCACCGAUGUCUCAGAAGCAGCCGCAACAUUCCGCCAGGCCUUUCCCAGCCUAUACGGUGCCCGUACCCCAUCGAAUCGUUCGUCGUCUAGUUCCCUGCAAGCCCUCAACGAAGACACCGUGGUCGAUGUCCGAUCGGAAAAUGGAAGCAUUGGAAGGAGUCCGCGUCGGACAUCGAGACAAUCGGAGAAUGAGCUGCCGGUGUACCCCGAUCAAUCCUAUGCAUCCCUCCAGUCACAAGUGCAUCCCACCUGGCAACCACCCUACGUCGCACCAGAUCCGCGGCCCAGACACUCUUACGCUAGUGGUGUACGGACUGCGGGCAACACUCCUUUAUCCAGUCCCGGACUGUUUUCUAUGAGAUAUCCUCCCCGUCACAUUGGAACGCCAUCCGCAUCUGAUGAUUCCAUUUCUACUGGAAGCUCCCUGCUUCACCCCUCACAUCUUCAACCACCCAAAGAAACCCACACAGCCGAAGUGGAUCGUGACACGGUCACAGGAAACAAGGUCAUCAAUCAAUACGAAAUCCUAGAAGAACUUGGACGUGGCGAACACGGAAAAGUAAAACUUGGCCAGCAUGUUGCGACCGGGCAGAAAGUCGCUAUCAAGAUUGUCCAGCGAUACUCCACCCGUCGCCGGUUGGGCAAGUUGGGCAACCCGGAAGACAAAGUGAAAAAGGAAGUCGCCAUCCUGAAGAAGGCGAGACAUCCAAAUGUUGUCAGCUUGCUUGAAGUCAUCGACGACCCAAACCGGCAAAAAGUCUACAUUGUGUUGGAAUACGUUGAGAAUGGUGAGAUUGUCUGGCGCAAAAAGGGGCUUCGAGAAAUUGUCCAUGUCGACAAACUGCGUCUUGACCGAGAGAAGAAUGGAAUUCCAGACACACCUGCGUUCUUGGAAGAGAGUCAUCAGUUUAUUCGAACUGCACAGCAUCUGCGGCGUCAACGGGAAAGGGCCCGCGAGCGGGUGGAAGCACAGGCUGCCGAUGCCCAGCAAGGCCCGAUUCCCGCUUGGAGUCUGGAGCACGGCGCCGAAUCAGAAGACGAGGAGGACGAGGAAACCGGCCUCCCGAUCAGGAGAUCGUCCAGCCGCUCUAUUGCGGUGACAGAUGAGUCCAGCCCGUCUUCUGCGCUAGAUGCAUCCGUGAAUGCUGUUGAGGGUACCAUGUAUGGUGCCUAUUCAGACUUUCCGUUCGAAAGACGUUUCAGCAACGCUUCCAGCAGUUUUGGCUAUGCACCCUCUGAGCCUGAGUGGUCUGCGGAGGGCGAUGACAUGGCGUAUGUCCCCUGUUUGACCAUUGGCGAAACCCGCAGCGCUUUCCGGGACUCAGUACUUGGUCUCGAGUAUCUCCAUUAUCAGGGCAUCAUUCACCGCGACAUCAAGCCAGCCAAUUUACUCGUCACCAGUAGCCAUCGGGUAAAGAUCUCUGACUUCGGUGUCUCUUACCUGGGACGACCAAUGCGCGACGAGGAAGAGGAAAAUGUUGGUGAGACCGAUGCUACUGAAUUGGACGACGCUCGUGAAUUGUCAAAGACUGUCGGAACGCCCGCAUUCUACGCCCCUGAACUAUGCUACACCGGUGACGACUUUGUAGAAACCAUUGGGUCCAUUCCCAAGAUCACGGGUGCGAUCGACGUUUGGUCGCUUGGUGUGACGUUGUACGGAAUGAUCUUUGGCCGUCUGCCAUUUGUUUCAGAUGAUGAGUACAGCAUGUUUCAGACCAUUGUGAAGAAAGAAGUUUUCAUCCCAAGGAAGCGCCUUGUGCCCGUCGUCGACGAUGCCUGUGACUCCAAUCAGUGGAAUCUCCGGAACAGCGAUGAACUUAUUUAUGAAGAUAUUGAUGAUGAAUUAUACGACCUGUUGAGACGGCUUUUGACUAAAGACCCAGUCAAGCGAAUCACCUUGAAGGAGAUCAAGCACCACCCUUGGACCCUCCAUGGCCUUCCUAACCCUCGGAUCUGGAUCGAGGAGAGCGACCCUGGCUUCCAAAGCAAGGGCAAGCGAAUUGAAGUCUCGAAUGAAGAGGUUACCAGUGCCGUCAGCAAGGUUCCAUUCAUCCAACGUGUUCGGUCUAAUGUUGCCAAAUGGUUCACUGGUCGGUCCAAGGACAAAGAACCUCGCAAGCGCACGUCUAGUACGACGCCAUCAACCGAGACCCUUUCAUCUGCCUCAAGCAACAGCACGUUUGGGAAGACCUCCCGUGACAGUCGUCGGUCCAGUCUGCGAGGGGAUGAAGAUCUUUUCCGGCCGCUUAAAUUCGGCAGUCAUGGACACCCGCUUGCCCAGAGUGUCACCGCAAGCCCAGUGGACGAAGGGGAUUGGCAAUCUUACUUCGACGCUACACCAGCUUCACUUAAGCUCGCUGCUGCCAAACUUCCCCCCGCUCCACCUCCAACGGUCCCACAGCGACCUGGUCCUCCUCGGCGCGCAAAGUCCUCAAUGUCUACGGCAGAAUCCACAAAGACGGUCAAGCCACCCAACUUCGAUGUUCCUUUGACCGUUCGACCCCGCUCAGGCGUGCAUUCCUCUAUCAUUGAAGCUUUAAACCAGACCAAUUUCGGUAGUCUUUUCAGUGGAGCCACUCGUCGGGCUUCACGAGGCAGUCGCAGUCGGCGCACAUCACCCUCCGGUGAGACGGGAUCCCUACGUGGAGAGGCAGAGCGCACUCCUGAGACUAGCACAGCAGAACCCAGCAUCGCUGUCAGCAAUGCAUCUGCUCAAGGCCAAGUGCGAACCCCCGGUCUGUGGCAUGACGAGGACAAUUCUUCUACUGGAAAGUUGGCCCCGAUCCACGCCCACCGCCGCAACCGAUCCUCCCAGCUUGAGGGCAAGUCAUCCGCAGAGUCAUUUCAUCUCACCCGGGACGCUCUCCUGCGCCGCAGACGGAGCGAUAUCGAGCCUAGCGAAGGCGGUACUCUCCGCGUGGAUUACGCAAUGUACUCUACCGAAUCACUCCUCCUGCCACCAAUUAAUCCACCCACCAACCAAUGUCCCGAAAACACCAUUAAUGGGCUGACCUCCACCCCGGCCACCAUUUCGUCCUCUUCGGCCGACGACUUCACUAGCGGCAUGUCGCAAAGCGCCUCCCACCCCAGCAUCCCAUCCGUCAUCUCCAACGCCUCCUCUCUCUCCGGCGACGGUCACUCGUGCAAAGACAAGGAUCUACACGAAGUCCCCUCCAUCCUCCGCACCGGCGAAACCGUCAAACCCGGUCGCUCAGACUGCCCCAAACCCUCCGAAGAGGAUGAUGCCCGCUACUACUGCGACGACGAAGACGAGGACUCAGAAGAGGAGGUCCUCAUGAUUGGAAAACGCAAGCCCCCACCCAAGGCAGCGGAUCCACCACCCUCGAACUGA